AUGCCGAAAAGGCGGCCAGAGCCGGAGGCGGUAAAAGAAAUGCAAAGGAAAACAGACGAGCCAAACAAAACGGGUCCCGCCUCAGAGGUCGCGCUCGACGUCACUGCAAUCCUCGACCGAUCUGAGGGGAGGCCCGGAGACUGUUGGUCAAGGAGAUACGGCACCCAGUGUUGUCCCGUCGUCGACGACUCCAUUGAGCAGUUCAUCGACGACUCCGUCGACGACUCUGAGCGGGUCGACGACUCGGGCAGCAAAAGGAAAACGACGACUACCAAGGACCCCGGUCCGGACCCCCGGAAUCCGUUCAAGUACUACGCCCGGCGGCAGGAGAAGCUGGUCAAGACGCUGAUGAAGACGCUCUUCGAGCACGUGACGCCGUCGUUUCUGGGAGACCUCUCGCAUUUCAACCUGUCCGGCGAGUGCACCUACGGAUUAUUCAAGUUCAUCUUCGGUAUCAAGCAGCUUCGUCCCUGGGCCAUCAAAAUGAUAGAUGCCAGUGGCAAGAUGCCAGAAGGCAUGUUCUUCGGCUCGCUGGCAUCCUUCGGAGACCUUGGCGAGUGUCUCCAGACACGUGCCAUCAACAAACGGCUCAACGGCAAACUGGAAGAGUACUUCAGGGGCCAGUACUGCGCAGUCAACGUGCGACCCCACCUACCGCCCAAGCCGGCUCACUACAGUCCGAAAACGUUCCUCAAGAACCUCACGGACGAGGUGCCACUCUACAAGAACCUGCUGGGAGACGUGUCCAUCAGCUACUUCUACUUCACUGCCGUGAGACUGGGACUCUGCGUGCCUCACACGUGCAGCGUACAGGACAUGCAACUCCUGGUCAACGCAGUGGGAGACCUCGCCCAAGUCAACAUAACGGUUCCAUUCUGCGAGACAGCUCACCCAACUGUGUACAGCACAGUUCAGAUGGUCGCCAUAUGCAUCCUGGCAUUCUUCUUCUGCUUGGUGCUUCUGGGCACUUUCAUUGACGUUUCUCCGCGGCUCGUCAAAAGCUGGAGACACGAGAACCCCGAAGCAAGCCUCAAGAAGAAGCAUUCCACUAGUCUGAUCAUGGACAUCGUGAUGGCGUUCUCUGCCUUCUCCAACGGCAAACGGCUCCUAAGCACCCGCACGGCAAUCGGUGUCCUGGAGCCUCUACACGGGAUGCGGGUCAUCACAAUGGCAUGGAUCAUUUUGGGUCACACGUUCUUCUACAAAAGCUACGUGUUAGCCGGUGGCCUUUUCGAAGCCCUGGAAUACGGAAAGUCGAUACCGUUCCAAAUCGUCCUCAACGUCUUUCCGGCCGUCGAGACCUUCGUCACAAUGUCGGGUAUCUUGGUGGCUUACACAGGCCUUCACAAGCUCGAGAAGUGCAAAGGCAGCUUUAAUCUGUUCAGCUAUUUCCUGCAUCGAUACCUCAGGCUGACGCCGGCGUUCAUGCUCGUCUCUCUGCUGAUGGUCCUGCUGCCGUUGACCGGAAGCGGGCCCGUCUGGAACGAGACGCUGCAACCGUACGCGCAGAGCUGCGAGAAGAACUGGUGGACCAAUCUGCUCUACAUCGGGUCCUGGUUCCACAGGGACAACAUGUGCCUUCCCCACGGAUGGUACCUUUCCUGCGACAUGCACUACUACAUCAUCGCUCCCGUCAUCUUCAUCCUGAUGUUCAAGAGACCUGCCAUCAGCCUCCUGCUGCUGUCCGCACUGGGAGCCCUGUCCAUCGGGACAGUGGCUAUUCUGACGUACCUGUGGAACUACCCGCCCAUCCCCAUAUUUGUCGACCCGGACCCAGAUCACUUCAAUGACUUCAUGAGCUACAUCGGGUACCGGCCCUACACUCACCUCACCGCCUUCUGCAUCGGCAUGGCAACGGGCUACUUCCUCUACAGGCACAAGACGCUCCAGAUGAAUAGGGUGACACGGCUGCUGGGAUGGCUUGCCGCCUGCCUGGUCAACAUGGCCGUGGUGUUCGGCGCGUACAACUGGAACGCGUACGAGGCCCCCUCGACGGCGGUGGCCGUCGUAUACGCCGCAUUCAGCCGAACCGCAUGGGCCGUGGGCAUCGCAUGGAUCGUGGUCGCUUGCGCCACGGGCAACGGAGGGUUCAUCAACAAGGUGCUUUCCUGGAAGGCCUUUGUGCCUCUGAGCCGACUGACGUUCCUGGUGUAUCUGGUUCACCCACUGCUCAUCCUCUGGCACACUGCCUACUUGAAGAAACCUUUCUACACCACGCAGUUCUUUACGGGUUACCUCUACCUUGGCCAUUUCUUCUCUGCCUACUGCCUGUCCUUCUCACUAAGUCUCACAUUUGAGUCCCCCUUCAUUCUCUUGGAAAAGAUCAUCUCUGGCCAGUCUGCACAACUCAAAAAAACUGACCCCGACAACAAUUGCAAGAUGCCAAGUGAACCAAGAAAUGGAUUGUCGACGUUAGACUUCUCAAAGGCCCGCGACACCGCAGCAAAGAUGAGAGAAAACAGCGAAAACGGAUGCAGUUUUUAAAGUUCUGCCUUUGGUUACGAUGCUUGUGUAAAUCCCAGGGAAGUUGUCUAAAAGUGCCUCAAACAUUGCUAUUCUUUUUUUUUUCGGAUUCUAUUUUUUUUCUGCACCAGACAGGUCUGGAAGCAGUAAGUAAACCCAUUUUAAUAAUGGUGUUGCUGUAAUGGAAAAAGGAACUUUCAUAGUUACCCACUGUGAAAGCAGUUCUUACUCUUUUUUGUUUAAGUAUGAAGUCUGCAUGACGUGUAAAUGAGAAGAAACAAUGAUACUCAAACAUCACUGACAAGUUGCAUUACACAUUCAUUCCAUGGGGAUGUGAGCGAGAGCCAAACAUUACAAUCUCGAUGUAGGAUAUCUAGAAAAUGGCAUGUAUUCAACAGGUAAUUUUCAUAUCAUAGCAUAAUAGACCGAUCUCAUCUCACUAGCCAGUUUGACCACACCACUGCUGCUGCAAUGCAUUGAGGAAACUUUCUGUAUGUGCGACAACCUCGCGGGAGUUCUGUGCGUCGAGAGCACAAGGUGGCAUGUGUCCUCUCGUGCACUGCAGUCUGCCUUCCAUGAACUAAAGAUAUGGCGACAUAAUGCAUGCGCAGAACACUUAUAGUGAGAUUGGUAUAUUGCAAAGGUUUACAGUAAGAGAAACAAUUUUUAAAGGUAAAAUGUUUAGCUGUGGCACCCCCUCGUGUUCAACUACCUUUGCUAAGUAAACAAAGAAUCCCACAAGCAGCAGAUGACCUUUUCAAGCAGAUAACGCAAAAUUCCUAGCACAUGUAUCUCUACGUAAUGGAACAAUUUACUUCUAUUCAAGUGUCAAAAAAAAAAAAAAAAAAGUUUCACACCAGAAAAAAAAAAAGACUUUCAGCUUUCACAUUCUCUUUUGUAUAAUAAUUCACUCACCAUUCAUGCAAUAAAGUAUUAUUUUGAAACAAGU